AGUUUUUUUUUUUAAAUAAUGAGAGAAAACUCUCAUUGCUCUAAUCCAAAGAAAAGCUAAAUUUGAUCGACAGAAAUCAUUCAUUUUGUUCGGGUGCCAUUAUAACAACUGAACAAUAGAAGUGGUGAAAUCAAAGAUAUACUCUUGGUUUUACACGCCCUCCCUGAUGAACCAAAAUAGCAUCGAAAUGGAGCAAAGGAAGGGCCGGCAGAUUGUGUUCUUCCCACUACCGUUGCAAGGCCAUAUAACUCCCAUGCUUCAGCUUGCAAACAUCCUUUACACCAAAGGCUUUUCCAUUACCAUCAUCCACACUCACUUCAACUCUCCCAAACCCUCAAACUACCCUCAUUUCACCUUCCACUCUAUACCAGACGCACUGUCUGAAAGUGAUGGCCUCAAUUCAGAUUUAGUGGCUGUCCUCUACCACCUCAACACGAACUUGGUCAAACCUUUUCAUGAUUGCUUGGCUAGGUUGUUAUCUGAAGACCAUAAGGAUCCUAUUGCUUGCUUAAUCACAGAUGCUAUGUGGCAGUUCACUCAGGCUGUUGCAAAUAAGCAUAAUGUCCCAAGGAUUGUAUUAAGGACCACCAGCAUCUGUUCCUUUCUUGCUUUUGCCGCCUUGGAUCUGCUGCGUGAAAGAGGUUACAUGCCAUUAAAAGAUUCUGAACUAGAAACCCCAGUUCCAGAACUUCCACCUUUGAGGGUCCAAGACCUUCCAGAAAUCAAAACAAGUGAUCUGGAACACUUUUAUGGAUUGUUGGCUAAUGUAAUUAAAGAAACAAAGGCUUCUGCAGGACUCAUAUGGAACUCCUAUGAAGAACUUGAACAGGAUGCUCUAGCAACAAGUCGUCAGGUUUUUCGCAUUCCAAACUUUGUAAUAGGUCCAUUAAAUAUGUAUUUUCCAGCUGCUUCUAGUAGCUUACUGUCUCAAGACAAGAGUUGCAUGUCUUGGCUAGACAAACAGGCACCAAAUUCUGUGCUCUAUGUCAGCUUUGGGAGUAUAGCAGCUGUUAGUGAGACUGAAUUCUUGGAGAUAGCCUGGGGGUUGGCUAACAGCAAUCAACCCUUCUUGUGGGUGGUUAGACCAGGCCUAGUUCGCGGCUCAGAAUGGCUCGAACCAUUGCCAAGUGGGUUCAUGGAAAUGCUUGGUGGGAGAGGUCAUAUUGUGAAGUGGGCUCCCCAACAAGAAGUGCUGACUCACCCUGCCACUGGGGGGUUUUGGACUCAUUGUGGGUGGAAUUCAACAUUGGAGUGUUUAUGUGAAGGGGUGCCUAUGAUCUGCCAACCUUCUUUCGGAGACCAAAGGGUAAAUGCAAGGUAUAUAAGCCAUGUUUGGAGGGUUGGGUUGCACUUGGAGUACAAGCUGGAGAGAGUGGAAAUAGGAAGGGCAAUUAAGAGACUAAUGGCAGAGAAAGAAGGUGAAGAAAUGAGAAACAGAAUCAGGGUUUUGAGAGAAAAGACGAAUUCUCUUCUAAACCAAACAGGUUCCUCUUCUCAAUCCCUGGAAAAGUUGGUUACCUACAUAUUGUCAUUCUAGGAAAUCAAUUAAUUUAAGCUUGUUUUGUUUAUGUUCCAAAAUAAAUGAAGAUGUUAAUUGUCAAUGUAACCUGGAAGUAGAGGUCUUACCUUUGAAUCAUGAAGCAUAGAAAAACGGUAAAGAAAAAGCGAGAGGGUGACCCACUAAUCAAGAAAAUAAAUGAAA